AUGUUGAAACCAACAAGACUAUUACUACUAGGUGCACCUGGUUCUGGAAAGGGUACCAUUUCGAAAAGACUCUUGAAAAAAUUUCCUCAAUUACAAUACAUUUCUUCUGGUGAUGUGUUGAGAUCUCAGAUUGCCAAUGGGACAAACAUUGGAAUCAAAGCCGAAAAGUAUUUGAAAAAUGGAGCAUUGGUCCCUGAUCCAGUAAUGGUACGAUUGAUUAGUGACCAGUUGAAGACCCACAAUUGGUUGAAUCGUAAGGCGAGUUGGCUAUUGGAUGGAUUCCCCCGUACGAGUAACCAAGCCCAUCAAUUGAAUGAUGUGUUGGAUCAAUAUGACUCAAACUUGAAUUUGGUUGUCGAGUUGGACGUUGAUCAAAAAGUUAUCUUGCAUAGGAUAGAGUCGAGAUAUGUUCAUUUACCUAGUGGCAGGAUCUACAGCUUAGACUACAAUCCUCCAAAAGUGCCAUUCAAAGAUGACGUGACCGGUGAACCUUUGGUGAAGCGGGAGGAUGACAACGCUGAAGUUUUCCAAAAGAGGUUGGACAAGUACAAUGAAAAGAUUGGAGCUCUACGCGAAUACUAUCAGGAGUUGGGCGUGUGGAGAGUAGUUUCUGGACACACUAGUGAUAUCAUCUAUCCUCAAGUUGAAGAGUUGUUGUUGUUAUAG